CGCACUUCCGGUUGGGUUCGCAAGUGCUUGUGGGCAAUGAGAUGUUUGAAAAGGGAAGAUGGCAGCUGCGGCAGUGGUGGAGUUUCAGAGAGCUCAGUCUCUUAUCAGCACAGACAGAAACGCUUCUAUCGACAUUUUACAUUCAAUAGUGAGACGAGAUGUUCAGCAGGACGAUGAAGAAGCGGUACGUGUCAAGGAGCAGAGCAUCCUGGAGUUGGGCUCUCUCCUGGCUAUAACGGGACAAGCUGCAGAGCUUGGAGGCCUGCUGAAGUUUGUGAGGCCGUUCCUGAUCUCCAUAAGCAAGGCAAAGGCAGCACGGUUGGUGCGCUCACUCCUGGAUCUAUUCUUGGACAUGGAGGCAGCCACAGGCAAGGAGGUCGAGCUGUGUCUGGAAUGCAUCGAGUGGGCUAAAGCUGAGAAGAGAACCUUCCUCAGGCAGGCCCUAGAGGCUCGACUUAUUUCACUGUAUUUCGACACCAAGAGAUACCAGGAAGCACUACAGCUUGGCACCCAGUUGCUGCAAGAGCUAAAGAAGAUGGAUGAUAAAGCUCUGCUGGUGGAGGUUCAGCUGCUGGAGAGUAAAACCUACCAUGCCCUCAGCAACCUUCCGAAAGCCAGGGCUGCACUUACCUCAGCCAGGACUACUGCCAAUGCCAUUUACUGUCCCCCAAAACUCCAGGCAGCACUUGAUAUGCAGUCAGGUAUUAUCCAUGCUGCUGAGGAAAAAGAUUUUAAAACAGCCUAUUCUUACUACUUCGAGGCUUUUGAGGGCUACGACUCCAUUGACAGCCCUAGGGCUGUCACUGCACUCAAAUACAUGCUCCUCUGCAAGAUCAUGCUCAGCUUGCCAGAGGAGGUACAGUCCUUGACCAGUGGUAAACUGGCUCUACGAUAUGCAGGAAGACAGACCGAUGCACUGAAAUGUAUAGCACAAGCCAGCAAGAACCGAUCAUUAGCAGAUUUUGAAAAGGCCCUGACAGAGUACACAAAAGAACUGAGGGAUGACCCCAUCAUCAAAACGCACUUGGCCAAACUUUAUGACAAUUUGCUGGAACAGAACAUAAUUCGGGUCAUUGAGCCUUUCUCGAGAGUACAGAUAACACAUAUAGCAGGUCUCAUCAAACUCUCAAAGGGUGAUGUUGAGAGGAAAUUGUCACAAAUGAUCCUGGACAAAAAGUUUCAUGGUAUUCUUGACCAAGGUGAAGGAGUGCUGAUCAUAUUUGAGGAGCCCCCUGUGGACAAGACUUAUGAAGCAGCCCUUGAAACCAUACAGAACAUGAGCAAAGUUGUGGAUUCGUUGUACAACAAGGCUAAGAAAUUAACAUAGAAUAAAUGUCAGAAGCUGCUGCUGUGUGAAAUGGUUGUGUGUGUGUGUGAGUUUGCCUGUGUGUGUGAAUGUGUGUGUGGUCAACAUGUGGAACUUUUUCUCGCAGCAAAAAGGGACAACAUUGAGCAACACUCACAAAAUGCAACAGGAUCUACUUUGUUCCCCACUUGAGAGUUUUUAACGUUUCUUUUCUUUCAAAUGGACAAUAUCAUCUAUAUGAUCUUCUGAAUUUGAUCUCCUCUGUAUCUCUCACCAGGCCAAGACAGGCCAUCAGGGAAUGUUGUACAACUACAAUACAAUCCUAAAAUGUCAUAUAGAAAUGUAUAGCUCUUCUACAUUUAAAGUUUUUUAAUUACAUCAACUUUGUGAUACAGACUCUUGGGUUUCAGUUAUCUGCGGUUCAUCGGUUGUUUGCAGCAGCACAUAUCUUUUAUUCCCCUUUUCUGAUUUUAUGUAUGCAAGUUCUAUCUGAUUACUGUGGAUGAGAGAUUCAAUGGUUCUUGGCAGUAAUGGUUUGAUAGGAUUUGUGGAAGGCUCUAUAAUAAACAGUUGCCAAUCAUAUCACGCAUUAUAAGUUCAUUUGAUCAUAAGUAUUGUUUGCCGUUUACUUUUGCAGUACACUGUCUUUACAGUUUUGUAUAUACGGUUUACUCUUUGCCAAGUAGGGUGGUUAUAAUAAAAGGCCCCAAUACCACAAAGGUUUUAGUCCUCUUUGGAAAAAAUACAGCUUUCCCAAAACACAUUUUUUUCUGCACUAAAGUUUAUUCUUUGUUCAUAAUUUAGCUUGUUCAUUGUUUUUCUGAUGCUUCUCAGAUUAGUAUCUCAACGUAAACACUCUUUCUAGUUUGGCAGCAAUACAACAUCUUACUGUAUCCGUUCAAUACCCUCAACAUUGUAGUUUUUUUUUUGUUAUUGAAGAGAAUUUUUAAAUUCAAUGUUUUGUGCAUGUUUUUUUUUUUUUUUACUUGAUCUCAUUGCUUUCCCAAACAUGUAUACAUUCAUUUGUCCUUUGGAAAGUUAAUUUAUGUCCUUUUCAUUUAUUCUGUUUAGUGUGCAAUUAUAAGUAUUGAAAUAAUUAAUUUAGGUGGGAAAAUGGGGUGUUUGAGUUCUUGAACCUCAGUGUUGAUUUGAGAACUUUCUGCAUGAGUUUGUGAUUGAUAUGAAGUGCCAGUCUAGAAUUAAUCAACAAUUUAGUGGGAGAUUAAAUACUUUUGAAAAGUAAGGGUUUUGUGCCUAAAAUCAAAAAGUGGAUGCCCACCAAUGUUCCUCCACCCCAAGCUCAAAUUCAAAAGUCACUCAUUGACUUCUCAGUCAGAGCCUUAAAAAGCAUGAUAGUCAGAGUUGAAAAGGAGUACUAACAAUUGUUCACAGAACUGAAAAAAUAUUUUUUUAAAUGCAUAUCUAGAUAGCAUGGUGCAAUUUUUUUCCUGAUUAAUAUUCUGAUUUGUCAUCCUUAUCCAAUGUAUAACCACACUCAUUGAUAAAAAAAAAAUCCCAA